ACCUCCCAGUAUCUCCAGUGAUGUUUAUUUCAGGAAACGGGACGGUCAGAAAGCACAACUACAUUCUCGGAUGGUGCACGAGUCGCAGACGCAGGAAAGCAUGCUGAUGUCUGUAUGAUCAGGACAUAAAGAUGGUGUUCGAGUCGGUGGUGGUCGAUGUCUUGAACAGGUUUCUGGGGGAUUAUGUGGUGAACCUUGACUGCUCGCAGCUCAGCCUUGGCAUAUGGGGAGGUGAUGCCAUAUUGAGAAACCUUGAAAUAAAAGAGAAUGCCCUGAGUCAACUUGACAUUCCUUUUAAAGUCCGGGCAGGACACAUAGGCCGUUUGGAAUUGAAAAUCCCUUGGAAGAAUCUGUACACUCAGUCCGUGGAGGCUACGCUGGAUGAAGUCUACCUGCUCAUCGUACCUGCUGCUAGUAUAAAGUAUGAUGCGGAGAAAGAGGAGCGGCAGCUGCAGGAGGCGCGGCAGAGGGAGCUGCAGCGCAUCGAGGAGACCAAACAGAAAGCGGCAGAGAAAGAGAAUCCAAAGGCAGAGAAGCAAGAUACAUUUGCUGAAAAACUGGUCACACAGGUGAUCAAAAACCUGCAAGUGAAAAUCUCCAACAUACACGUCCGUUAUGAGGAUGAUGUCACCAAUCCUAAUUCUCCGUUGUCGUUUGGAGUUUCCCUGCAGAACCUCAGUCUCCAGACAGCUGAUCAGAAUUGGAACCCCUGUCUGCUGGAUGAGAAAGCCAAGCUGUUUUUUAAGCUCGUGCGCUUGGACAAUCUGUUUGCUUAUUGGAACGUGAAUUCAGAGCUCUAUUCCAACCACAAUCCUGAUGAAGCUCUGCGACGACUAAAGCACAGCGUUGCCGUCAAGAACACCAUCCCUCAGGAUUAUCAUUUCAUCUUUCGUCCAAUAUCUGCACAUGCCAAGCUACGGAUGAAUCCUCGCUCGGAUGUGGAUUUCUCCUCACCGAAAGUGGAUCUAGUGGUCAACCUGCCGGAGGUGGCAGUUGAGCUCAGCCGGCCGCAGUAUGUCAGCAUUCUGGAGCUAUUGGGUUCGGUGGAUAUGAUGACCCGGAACCUUCCAUACAGGAAAUAUCGGCCAAAUGUGCCUGUUCACACUAAUGCUUAUCAAUGGUGGCGUUAUGUGAUCACAGGGGUUUUGGAGGUGAACAUCAAGCCCAGCCUUCACAUGUGGUCAUGGCAACACAUCCGUAGCCAUCGGCAACUCGUGAAGAAGUACAGAGACCUCUAUAAGAACAAGAUUACCAGCAAGAAACCUGCAGAUGCUCUUCUGAAAAAGCUGGAGGAAACUGAAAGAACUCUGGAUAUAUUCAACAUCACAAUGGCAAGACAGCAGGCUGAGAUGGAGGCUUCAAAGGCAGGACUGCGAAUAUAUCGUCCUGGAGUGAAGGUGGAAGAAGAGCAGUCAGAGGGCUGGUUUGGCUGGAUGUGGAACUGGUCUGGAGACGGCGGUGCACCAAGCAAAGACAUCAAAACAGGAGGUUUUGAUGAGCUGAUGACGCCAGCAGAAAAAGCCAAACUAUACGCUGCCAUAGGAUACAGCGAGACAGCCGUCAAUCCCAACCUGCCAAAAAAUUUUGAGAACAUGAAGAUGCAUUUUCAGCUGCUCAACCUGUCGCUGUCUAUCAAAGAGAGCCGUGAGAAGCCGGAGAUGAUCAAACUCUCCGUCAUUGAUCUUAUAGCCAUGUUGACGCAGAGACCUGCCGCUCAAGCAAUAAAGAUCUCUGCACAGCUGUCAUCGUUUGAAGUGUCCGGUCUUCCUCGAGGCCAGAAGCCCCCCAUUCUAUUGUCACCGCGCUGUGGGGUCGGGGAGAAUAAUAAGGCUCUUCUGAAUCUCAUGUUUGAGACCAACCCGCUAGACGGACUUGCAGACCAGAAACUACGCAUAGAGUCUCAGCCACUUGAGAUAAUCUACGACGCUAUGACAGUGAACAGUAUGUCAGCUUUUUUCAUGCCUCCAAAAGACCUGCAGCUGGAUGAACUGACCAAUGCCACGCUCAUGAAGCUCGAGCAGUUCAGAGACAGGACCUCCACAGGACUUAUGUACAUCAUAGAAACUCAGAAGGUUCUCGAUCUGAACAUCGACCUCAUGGCUUCAUAUGUCAUUGUACCAGAGAACGGCUUUUAUGACCCCAAACACAACCUUGCUAUUCUGGACUUAGGUCAUUUUCAGAUGUCGAGUCAGAGCAAAGCUGGAUUGCCUCAGUUGUCUGCGAACAGCAGCACAUUAGAGGACAUCAUGUCCAGAGCGUAUGACAGCUUUGAUAUCCAGCUGAGCAGCUUACAGUUCCUCUACACCAAAGCAGGUGGUGACUGGAAGAGAGCUCGUCCACUGAGGCAGUCGUCCUUUCACAUCCUGGAGCCUGUUGACCUGAAGGUGGUCUUCAGUCGAGCUAUGGUGGUGACAGACUCUAGAAUGCCCAAGUUUAAGAUUUUCGGUGAGCUCCCUCUGCUGUCUCUGCGUAUCUCGGAUGAUAAAGUGCGUGGCGUCCUGGCAUUGCUCAGCAGCAUUCCUCUUCCAGAGAGCCGCCCCGCCCCUCCGACGAAAGCACCACAGGUUACACCCAAGGUGUCCAAGCGAGGGAACACGCCUCAGCUCACCCCCAGAAGACCAGCGGUAGAUGACCUUCGUGCAUCCAUCAUAUAUGGCUCUGAUGAGGAAUUGUUCUUCGACGCCCCCAGUUCACCAGUAGAAGAUUUGCCGUUUUUUGAGGCUUCAUCUGACUCCCUGCAGGGGUCGGCCUCUGGAAAGAGACACUCUAUGGUGCUGAAGGAUCCCAUGAAGAAUAUGACCGAGUUCCUCUUGUUAUUUGAGAUCAAUAAGCUUUCUGUUCAGUUGUGUCGCUUGUCCAAGGCACAGGAAGUGAGCGUUCUCCAUCUGUUCAUUGACGGUUUAGGGACGGAACUGAAACUCCGCACCUUUGAUAUGGCAUCAAACACUUUCCUACGCGAGAUCUGUCUCGAGUGUUCAGAGUACAUGGAUUCUGAGGAUAAGAAGGUUCACCUCAUCACAACGUUGGACAACACUGAAGAUGAUCUGCUCACGCUGGAAUACAUCAAGGCAGACAAAAACGCCCCCGAUUUCAAAACUGCCUAUGGUAACACAGAGCAACUAAUCAAGGUGAAUUUCUCCUCGCUGGAUAUACACCUGCACACCGAGGCGCUUCUCAAUUCAAUUAACUUCCUAAAUAACCUCCUGCCACCUCUCAAGAAAGAGGCACAAGAGGAGCAGCCUGUCCUGCCAAAGGAGGAAGAUGAGGAGGAAGAAGAGGAGGCUAAAAUAGAAGAGUCUGCUGUCACGAAAAAAUCUGCCAAUAAGAAGUCAAAGUAUGAGGACGUGGUGAAUUUGCACAUCCGAGCAGAUCUAAACUGUUUGAAGGUCUUCAUAAGAGGAGAGAAAGCCAGAAUCUCUGAGAUCUGCAUUGAGGGACUGGUUUCUGAAGUUCAGAUGAUGAAGAAGUCGGUGGAGAUUCUGGCUAACCUGAAGAACAUUGUAAUUCUGGAUUGUGACAAAGAGGCUCUGUACAAAAAGGCCGUGUCCAUUGCAGACAAAGAGGUGUUUGAUUUUCGCAUGGUGAACCAUGUGGACGCAACAGAGGGAGAUGCGUACACGGACAUGCACAUUGUGGACACUAGUGUAUCACUAACUGUGGGCUGCAUACAAGUCAUUUUCCUCAACAAGUUUUUGUCUUCUAUACUGGCAUUCGUUAAUAAUUUUCAGGAGGCCAAAAAUGCUUUGGCAGAAGUGACAGCUCAGGCAGCAGAGAAGGCAGCUACAGGGGUGCUGGAGCUGGCAGAGAGAAGCACACGGAUUUCUCUGGAUGUGGACAUCAAAGCUCCGGUUGUCUUUCUCCCACAAUCCUCUGUUUCACACAAUGUCAUUGUGGCAGAUCUGGGUUUAGUGACUGUUAAGAACCACUUUGAGAUCGUCUCCUCUCCGACACACAAUAAGAUCCCACCUGUGGUGGAUAUCAUGGCUGUGGGGCUGAGUGAUCUUAAAAUGUACAGGACCACAUUCACUGAUGGAAAAUUUAAGGGUGAGAUUCAACUGCUCAAACCAGUUAAUAUGGACCUGUCAAUCAAACGCAAUCUGUCCGCCUCCUGGUAUCAUAGCAUCCCUGACAUACAGAUCAAUGCACAUCUUAAACCAAUGAGUCUGAUCCUGAGUCAGGAGGAUCUGACUAUAGUAUUGAAAACGCUGAGUGAGAAUCUGUCUGAGACUUCAGAUGUUCCUCAAGUUCCAUCAAGCUCUGAGAAAGCAGACACUGUCUCUACCAAAGAUUCUCAGAGCUCUGGAGGGAACACGGUUGUGAUAGCGGCAGUGGUGGAGGGUCAGAAAACAGGCAAACUGAAGAACACUCUGAAAGUGGAUUUCAAGUUUGAUUCCAUGACCUUGGUCCUCUACAGCCCAAAUAUCAAUGAGAUCUGCGUGCCAGACUCGCGUGACGAGAGCUUGAGGUUGGCAGAGUUCACGCUGGGCACCAUCUCCACCGCAGUGCACAUGUAUUCUGACAGCUCAAUGAAAGCUUCUCUCAAACUCACAAACUGCCUGCUGGACGAUAAGAGACAGAGAGUGAAAAUUAUCACAUCCAGGAUGAUGGCCAUGCAUCCGGGCAGGGAAGAUAACGUUAUGGUGGAUGUAAAGUACAGGCAAGGCCGGGACAGCACCAUUCUGGACACAGUGAUUCAGGACUUCUACCUGUGCGCCAGCAUGGAGUUUCUGCUCACGGUAGCUGAUAUCUUUCUUAAAGCUAUGGCAGACGGCUUCUCUGGUCCUCCGAAGAGCAACAAACAGUCAGCCAGUUCCUCUAAAGACACAGCAGUUCCUGCUCAGCCAGUGGUGGCCAAGACUGAGAUGAACCUUGUGGUGAAGAAUCCUGAAAUAAUUUUCGUGGCCGACCUCACACGCGCCGAAGCCCCGGCUCUCGUCGUCACGACGCAGUGCGAGCUGGCCAUGAAGAACGAGCCCAGCGGACAGUCCAUGACGGCGGCCAUAUCGGAUCUAAAGGUGGUGGCGUGUCCGUUCCUGAGGGAGAAGCGAGAGAACAACGUGACGACGGUGCUUCAGCCCUGUCAGGUGUUCUUCCAGAGCAACCAAUCACCUACCCAACCUCAAACCAUCGAACUGUCCAUCAGCUCCCUCACGCUCAAGGUGUCUCCCAUCAUCAUAAACACCGUCAUCACCAUUCAGUCAGCGCUGAGCCCUGCAGCCGAGACCCCGGAGGAGCUGGAGAGCCCCGUGCCACACGAUCUGUGGGAACGUCGCAACCUGCGAGACCUGAAGCUCUGGUUCCUGGAGGAGGAAGGAGAGGAAGACACCCAGUCUGUUGCUCCUCUCAUUCCACAGGGAGAAUCUCUCAAAAUGAACAUCCAGUCCAUCUGUGUAACGCUGGAGGCUGGGGUGGGUCAUCGCACCAUGCCCAUGCUUCUGGCCAAAUCCUCGUUUCACGGAGACGUGAAGAACUGGACUACACUCAUUAACCUCCACUGUCACCUGGACCUGGAGGUGAAUUAUUAUAAUGAGAUGAUGGGUUUAUGGGAGCCACUUUUGGAGCCGCUGGAUGAUGAAGCCAAAGACGGCUUUAGACCUUGGACUCUGUCGCUUAAGAUGAAGAAGAAACCAGUUAUGACCUCUGGGGUGUCCGAUGAGGUGGACGGCAGCGUGCCUGAUUAUAAAACCGUAAUCAGCUUUGCAAGCAAAGACCAGCUCAACAUCACGCUCUCCAAGUGUGGCCUACACAUGCUCAGUAAUCUGGGGACGGCAUUUGCAGAAGCUGCCAAGCAGACCGCUGAAUGCAUUCAGACCGACCAAGCUCCGUUUGUGGUGAAGAAUCGUUUGGGUUUGGCAGUGUCCGUGCAGCACAGCGAGGUGUUUACACCUAUCGGUAAAGAGUCUAAACAGCGUGUCGUGGAGCUCCAAGAUGGAGAGAAUCUAAAUAUGGACUACACAGUUGAGUCCAGCGACCAGUUCUCUGCCAUGACCAGCCUCAGCACCAAAAACUACAUACAACCCACUCCUGUUGGCCACACUGCAGCGAGUGUCAUCCCGCUGAUCAAAACAGGGCGAGGGAUGUACAGCGUCAUGCACUUUGACUCAGGUGUCACACGCUUCUUUGUCUGUCAGAUAUACACCGUGGAGGGCAGCAAAUAUGUCAAGAUCCGCUCUCCUUUCCAGAUCAUCAAUCAUUUCUCCGUGCCAUUCCGGGUUUAUGAGGGAUCUGUGUGUCUGGGCACUUCUCUGCCUAAGGAGGAGUUCUGUGUGCCACUGGGUUCCUACAGAGCUGAGCUGAGCUUGCAGCCUGCACUGGAAGGUGAGGAAGACUACAACCGCUCGGAGGGCUUCACUUACAACGAGGUGAUUCAGAAUCCAAGAGAGUGUUUGCAGAAAACCUGCUAUCAUCACGGAGACAGGACUCGGAUGAUGAAGGUCAACAUGAUUCCUCUUCCAGACGCUGUGAUGUCACACAGCACCGAGGAGGGGUUUGACAAGCCCUUCGUUCUGCACCUGUGGCCCACCGUCCUCCUCCGCAACCUUCUGCCGUUCCCCAUCACCUUCAACUUAAAGAGUAAUGGAGAUCCCCCCGUUGAACUAAAAGAGGGUCACUCGUCCCAAAUCCAUACGGCCAUCAUGGAUUUUUCCAUUGUGGAGUUGAAGCUCAUUGGUUAUCUGCAGCAGGAUUGGGAAGGCCAGUAUAAUCUCAGCAGUGAUCAGGAUGAGAUAAGCUUCAUCAAAUUCCACUCGCUGCGAUUGGACGAAGAAACUGAAACCAAGGCGGAGCUAGACAUCGCCACCCAUGUUAAAAAGGAGGAGGGUCAGCUGGUCGUGGCCGUGCACUCGCCAUAUUGGAUGGUGAAUAAGACGGGCAGGCUGCUGCAGUAUAAAGCAGACGAUAUUCAUCGCAAACACCCGAAGGAGUAUGACAUGCCUCUCCUCUUCUCCUUCAAGCCACGCAACUUCCUGCAGAACAACAAGAUUCGUUUAAUGAUUUCGGAAAGCGAGUUGUCGGACGAUUUCUCCAUUGACACAGUUGGUAGUUACGGUGAUGUUAAAUGCAAAGGAAGGCAGAAGGAUUACAUGGUUGGGGUGAAGAUAGACGCGUCCAGCUUCAGUUUGACACGGCUGGUGACGUUCCUCCCCUUCUAUAUGCUGGUGAACAGAACCAAGCAUGUGAUUCGAGUUUGCGAGGAGGGUCUGGAUCAGUGGACAGAGGCCCGACCCGGACAGGCCGCCGUUCCAUUCUGGCCAGAAAGAGACUCGAAGAGGCUUCGAGUCAAAGUCGAAGGAUGUCAGUCAUCACCACGAGCCUUUGACUUCCACCAACCAGAGAACUGCCUCCUGCUGCACCUGGACAAAACUCUGGGCGGUAUUAUCGUUGACGUGAAUUUGACAGAACAUUCGGCUGUGAUACGCUUCUCUGAUUACCACGACGGCGCGGCUCCGUUUCUCCUCAUCAACCACACAAAAGACGAGACACUGCAGUACCACCAAAGUUGCAGGAAGCAGAAAGAUUCUGCUUGGUGUCCAGAUGAGUUCCUGGAUAUCUCUUUAUCAGGGGGGGAUGAGACUCAAUCCCUCUGCUCUCAGGCAGAAAUCGAUGAGCUGGGUCCAGGUCAGGCUGUGUACUACACUUGGGCUGAGCCCACCGGAUCACGAAUCUUGAGCUGGAAAUGGGGCAAGUACAAAGGAGAACUCAAGAUUGAAGAGGACCAGUUGUUGGACGUGAACAAGGAGGGAAAACUGUUCGUCGUCUCAUUUUAUGAAGGCCUCCAACGUGUGGCGCUUUUUACCACAGAUCGCCGCGUCUACAAGCUGAUUUGCGACAGUGAGAAGAUGGAGGUGGCUCAACAGGAAAUCAGUAUCUUGUUACAGAACAUGGGCGUGUCACUGGUCAACAACACCUACAGCCAGGAAGUGGCCUUCAUUGGCAUCACCAGUUCUGAUGUGGUAUGGGAGACUAAACUCAAGAAGCGCAGCCGAUGGAAGAUUUUGAGCGGUAAAGAGGCUGCGAAGUUGGAGCACCGCUACCAAGAGUAUAUGGAGACAGGCCCGGUGGAUAGCGCUGUCAUCGACCUAGAGAACGAUUACCAGGUGUUAUUUGCUGCUAAUGGGGUGGCCAUGAGAGUACUGCAGCCCUUUGAUGCUCCUCUCAGGAGGAACUUUCUGCCCGCACUGAAGGUGGAGUACAGCGUCUCCACCUGCCAGAAAACCUAUAGAGUCCAGAUCAACAGAAUUCAGAUCCAGAAUCAGUUGCCUGGAGCCAUCUUCCCAUUUGUGUUCUACCCCAUCAAACCACCCAAGUCGGUUAGGAUGGACUCAGAACCGAAACCGCUGGCUGAUGUCAGCAUCAUCACCCGAGCAGCCGGGCACUCGGACAUCCUACGCAUCAAGUAUUUUAAGGUGCUGAUUCAGGAAAUGGACCUACGGAUGGAUCUUGGGUUCCUGUAUGCCAUGCUAGAGCUCUUCACUCCCGAGCACUCCAGUGCUUUCACGUCUGAACAAGAGGUUGAGUUGUUUGAGAAGGACAUUGAGUAUCUGAAGACGGAGUUGAAUCAUGUUUCAGCGACAGACACGUCUCCCAUGAGCCUGUACGAGUACUUCCACAUAUCUCCCAUAAAGCUUCAUUUGAGUUUCUCUCUGAGCACCGGGGGUGAAGACGGCAAUAAGAAAGAGAGAGAGACCGAGGUCAUUCCUGUUCAGUCGCUCAAUCUGCUGCUGAAGAGUAUCGGAGCUACGCUCACUGACGCUCAGGAUGUCCUCUUCAAACUGGCAUUCUUUGAGCUGACAUACCAGUUCCGUACCACCCAACAGCUGCAGUGGGAGGUGAUCCGUCAUUACUCCAAACAGGCUAUCAAGCAGAUGUACGUUCUGGUUUUGGGUUUAGACGUGCUCGGCAAUCCAUUCGGACUCAUCCGCGGCCUGUCUGAAGGAGUCGAGGCCUUCUUUUAUGAACCCUACCAGGGGGCUAUCCAGGGCCCAGAGGAGUUUGUGGAAGGGAUGGCGCUCGGUGUGAAAGCUCUGGUUGGAGGGGCUGUGGGCGGCAUCGCGGGAGCAGCGUCUAGGAUCACGGGUGCGAUGGCGAAAGGUGUUGCUGCGAUGACGAUGGAUGAGGAAUAUCAGCAGAAGAGAAGAGAAACUAUGAACAAGCAGCCCAGCGGUCUCCGAGAAGGGCUGGCGCGGGGAGGGAAAGGACUCGUAUCUGGGUUUGUGAGCGGCCUCACUGGAAUUGUGACUAAACCCAUUAAAGGAGCUCAGAAGGAAGGGGCUGCCGGUUUCUUUAAAGGUGUGGGAAAAGGUUUAGUCGGAGCUCUCACCAGACCAACAGGUGGCAUCAUUGACAUGGCCAGCAGCACAUUUCAGGGCAUCAAGAGAGCUGCAGAGACGUCUCAGGACGUGGAGAGUUUACGCCCGCAGCGUUUCAUUCAUGAGGAUGGAGUCAUUCGGCCAUAUAAGGAGAGAGAGGGAAUAGGCAGUCAAAUGCUUCAGAGUAUUGAAAACGGACGGUUUGCCAAAUACAGAUACUUUGCUCACGCUAAGGUGAAUGAGUCAGAUUUCCUGAUGAUUACUAAAAGGGGAAUAUUUUUCGUGACAAAGGGAACGUUUGGUCAGUUGACAUGCGAAUGGCAGUAUCUGUUUGAUGAGUUCACUGAAGAGCCCAUGAUUGUGGAGGGCAGAAGACUUCGCAUUGAAGCCAAGGAAAGAGUAAAAUCUGUGUUUCAUGCCAAAGAGUUUGGAAAGAUCAUCAAUUUCAAAACUCCAGAAUUAGCAAAGUGGGUUCUUGCCAAGCUUGAAGAUGCCAGGGAAAGUCUGCCAAAAUAACCUCCAUCUGUAGAGUUAAAAUGGCUGUGCCUUUAACGCUGCGUUUGCAGCGUGCCACUUUACACUAUACCCACAAUGCAACAGUCUUUCACUGAACUCCGGUAAAAUGACUGUUAGACUGUGGAUCUGUAUGUGCACGUGUGUGGUUUACAUUACAUCGUAUCUUUCCAGAAUCGCUCACUUCGCUUUCAGACGUUGUUUUCCCAGCUCUCAAGUCCCUUAUUUGUGUACUGUGAACAGCAGAACUCAUUUCCAUGUUACGUCUUUUACAGCGUGCCUCUACACACAGAUCAUUGAUCCAUAAGAUCAAUGGCUCUUAAUAAAAUGUCUUUAAUUCACAGUAAUCAAGUCAUUAAUGAACGUUUUAUUUUAUAAGCAUAUUAACGAAGACCAAUACACUGUAUGUAUAGCAUUCGUCUUUGCAAAAUGGGGAACAUGUUUGUGGCAUUUGAAAGAAAUGUCCAGGAAUGUUUGAAAAAGUAGGAGAGGGGAUAUUUUUUACAUAAUUGCUUUUGCAUGAAAUGUUAUUUUUUCCUCGAUGUUUAUUUAUUUGAAUUUAAGGCUUUUUCUUAGCAAUCUACAGUAAAUAAUUAGUAAAUACUA